UUCAAGCUAACAAAUUCUGGGCUGAAUUUCCACAAUCCAAUUGACCGCAACGGCCCAAUUCACGCCAACGGGCCAACAGUCCACCACAACUCGGAACUUCGAAAUCCUUCCUCGAAACUCAUUUACUCGCUCACUCUACUACGUUCCAGGCUAUCGCUUCCUCCACCGCUUCCCCUGGCCGGCCGUGGAAAAGUAAACAACCACCAUCAUACCUUCCGUCUUCCACCGCCGUAGAGCACGUGUGUUCCUCUCUCAGCUGUAGCGGUGUCACACUGUUUCAGUGUUUCUUUUCUUGAGCUACCUAGUAUCAGGUGAUUCCCCUUCUAUCGAUUAUUCACUUAUCGUUUCAUAACAUUUCCAUCUCGCCUUCCAUUAUAUUCUGAAUUGGUAUUAAGCUGAUAGCCGACAUUCAAUCGCUGAGGUUAUUCCCCUUUUUAUGAAUCUAGUGCAUUAUGUAUCGUUAGUUAGCACUGAUUUAUGGCUUUUUGAUGAAGUUCUUUUGGUUAAUUUUGCAGUUUCAGCUGCGCCAGGGAUGUCUAGGUUUCGAGCACUCUGGCAAGCUUCUUUGAAUGCCACCAAGAAAGCUCUUACAUGGAACAUUGAAGACUUGAUGCCUCCUUCCGAGAGACUUAUUUUCAGCUUCAACUCGAAGGAAGAACUAAAGAAAUGGCAUCUAUAUUCAGAUUCAGAGUAUGGAGGUCUCUCCUCAGCUUCGUUGGAGAUUAGUGAAGUAGACAAUGGGUUGAAAGGUGUCUUCUCUGGGAAUUUAUCAGUAGAUCUAGCUGAGGAUUCUAAGUGGAACAUAAGUAGGGGUGGAUUUUGUGGAAUGCGUUCCAAGAAGUUUGAUGGUUUCAUUGAUCUCGAUUCAUAUGAUACGAUUGCACUCAAGCUUAGAGGUGAUGGAAGAAGCUAUAUAUCAACUAUUUAUACAGAGAAUUGGGUUAAUUCACCUGGGCAGCUAGAAGAUAAUUCCUGGCAAGCUUUUGUUCAUGUUCCAAAAGACAACUGGUACAUUGCAAAGAUUCCACUUGCUCGAUAUCUACCGACUUGGAGAGGGAAUGUAAUCAACGCAGAGAUGGAGAUGAAUCAAGCCCGUAUUCUUGGCAUGUCGCUCUCUGUCAAUGCAGAAGGUGGUGUCCCUGGUGCCAGAACUGGCACCGGUGAUUUCAGAGUUGAGCUCGACUGGAUCAAAGCCAUUCGAACAGGGGAAUACAUGUGAUGUAUCCGUCCCCACAUAAUGUAAACCGGUUUCCUCCUCAACAAAUCCAGGUUUGAAGCACCUUGCAGUGAACUGCACCUGUUCAGUGGCAUGCCAUAAUGUAACUCCCCAAGUUGCGGAUUGCAAACCCUCAGCCCAGUUGUAGGAACUGAGUUGUCUAAACAGACUUGGAAGUGGGGUGAGAGAGACUUCAAACAGAGACUUACAGUAGUAGCCCAUGAAGGUCAUGCCUUCUGGUGGUGCUGCCAUGCUUCCUAGUUUUGGAGACAAGCACGGUAAGGCAUGUCCUGUUGUAGUUUUUGCUAAAUGAGGUGUAUUUAGGAUGAAUCGAUAUUUGCCGCCCGUAGUUUUACUAUUUGCCGCCCGUAGUUACAAAAAAUAUGACGAUUUUGUCCCUGCCUCAUUUUAAAAACCCUAAACCUAUCUACCCCAACCCAACCCAUCACCUCCCACCCCUGCUGCUACCCGCAGCCCACCCCUCCCUCUGCCGACGUCGGCAACCGUCGCUGAGAAGCCGCCGUAGCCGUUCCAGAGGCCAAGCUCCCAUCGUCGCCGCUCCCUUCCCAGACCCAAGCUUCCGUCGCCGCUGCUGUUCCAGUCGUCGCAGCCAUGUCCAGGUAAUUUUAUUUUCUUCGUCCCUUAGUCGCUGUCCACCUCGCCCGAGCAGACGCCGUCCACCUCGCCUGAGCAGACGCGGUUCGCCUGGCCUGGUCGGACCCCGUUCGUUGGGCCUGGUCGGACCGCGUUCGUUGGGCCUAGUCGGACUGGUCCGUUGGGCUUGGUCAGACCCCAUCCGCUAGGCCUGGUCGGACCGGUCUGAUUGGAUUUGACUGGUUCGGUUUAAUUAAAUAUUUAUUAGAGGUAUUUUAAAUUCAAUUGUUAGUAUCUUAAUUAGUUUAAUAUUGAUAGUAACUAAUAUUGAUAGUUGAAUAAUUAGUAUAUUAUUGUUCGUUGUAUAAUUAGUAUAUAAUUGUCAGUUGAGUAAUUAGUAUAUAAUUGUUAGUUGGAUAAUAAUUAUAUAAUGUAUUAGUUAUAUAAUGUGUUAGUUUAUUAAUUGGGUAAGUUGAAAUAAUUAUUUAAAUAACUAUUUAUCGUAUUUAGUAAAGUAACUAUCUAGUUAAAUUAAUUAGAUAACAAGUUGUAUGUAUCAUAAUUAGUCAUUGAUAAAUUAUGACUAUGAACAAAUUGCUCAUCAAUAAUUUAUUAUAAGAGAUUAAUAGAUAAUUAUUGACUAUGCUAAUAGUUAAUUUAUUAUAAUAAUUAUCUAAAUAAUUAUUGAAUUAAAUAAAUUGUAAAUAAUUGUUAGUUUUAAAUAAUUAUCUAUCAUGUUUUAGUUAAGUAAUUGAGUAAGUUGAAAUAAUUAUUUAAAUAACUACCUAUCGUAUUAAGUAAAAUAACUAUAUAGUUAAAUUAAUUAGAUAAUAAAUUGUAUGUAUUAUA